UCUCAAAAUGAAAUCUAUUGUACCUCCAAGAUCUUCUUUUCUAGAAAUAGGAAUAUAUGUAAAUUAAGGGACUAGAGGUUUACAGAGUUUUUUGUAUGGGCUAAAUAAUAUAGAUGAAUUAAGAUGUGGUGUUAGGAAAAUUAUUUGCCUAUUUUAAGUAUAUAAUGUCCUGCUUUUUCUUGGGAGGAGAUCUUUUGGCAUGGCUGUCCAUUGAAAGUAUUUUCAUCUCAUUACUAUAUAAGGCUCUUGAUACUACGUAUAGUUUUUAUAGCUACCCAAUCCAAAUUAUCAUUGGUUUUCUUCAAAAAGAAGAAUCUAAACAUAUUAAAAAAUUAGCAUUAUAUGAAAAAUUUGCAAAUGGGCUUAUUGCUCCUGUUACCAGCAUUAAAGUAUUACUAGAGAGAAGGUAGACACAACAGAGUAGGAAAAGCUGCUGGUGAUUUGAAACACAGUUUAGUUGUCUCAUAAAUUUCUGAUUAAGUGUCAUAUAUGGGUGAUAAAAGUGGCAUAGGCUAGAUUUUAUAUACUCAUGAUUCACUUAGUUUGUCUUUUUCAAUUAAAGCUAAGUCUCUUUUUCAUUCCACUGAGUUUACAUUUCUUUUUCAGUCACAUUCUGAACACAUUACAAUAGAUGCUGCCUAAAACUGAAUAUAGUGUAAAUCUCAGACUAAUGUGUUAUUCACUGUGGCUUCUUUGAAAAUAUGUAGUAAAAAGAUUUUGAUUAUUGUAAGGUGCUAUUUAUCAAGAGUCAUCUUUUAGGGUUGAAAGAUGUUCAGCCUUACCUUUAAACAGCCCAGCUUUCUAUCAAAAUACAUCAUUUAGCUUCCCAAAGUCAAUUUUGGAAAUUUUGUCCAAUGAUUGGAUUGUAAGACUCUGGUAUUUUUUACCCAUUGUACCAUGAGAGCUCUUGUGCCAGUUCAUGUCACCUUUUCCAUGUUUUAAAGUCCACAGUUCAUCUGUAACCUGUAAAAGUGCUAAGUAAUCAGGGAAAGACAUCAGUUAGAACAAUCAAUAACUUUUCAAUUAGCCAUUUUCCAACUUUGGGCAUUUGGCUCUGUUGAUUUGCAUGUGCCCAGUUUAAUUGAUUUUUAUGUUUAUCAGUACCUGUUUGGUCAGAGCCAUACCCUGCUUUAACAGAGAAGAGCAUGUCUUUUUUUUUUUUUUUUCCUGAUGGUAGCUUACAUUCUAGGGUAGGAUCCCUAUCAUAUUAAGUUUGGUGACAGCACAUCUCAAUGAAAGCAGAGAGAAAUCUGGCCCAAUUCACAAUGUAGAGAGAGAUGUGGAAUUAAGUUAGAAAGGCCAUGGGGGUGCUGUGUGAUUGGUUUUACCUUUAUUUUAUUGAUCUGCGGUUAAGCAUAUGGUGGUAGAUUCAGCCCAAUUCUUGCGCCCUCCCCCUCCCCCAUACAAUUCAGGCCAUCACAGAGGCUGAGUGUGUGUAUAUGCAUGGGCCAGGAGGUAUUGGGUGGUUGGAGGACUAGGCAGGAAGAGGAGGUGUUACCUUUGUGACUUGUUUUUAACCUCCAGUAUGCAAGCCCUAUUCUAGGCUGUUUGAUAGUCGGGGGUGGUGAGGACAAGUGGCCAAACUGCUUUUCAAGAGUGGGAAUCUGUGCUAGAUACUACAUCCAGAAGCUGAGAGUUAUUUUAUCAUUUGCAAAAAAAUUUAAACUGUUCUGACCUGGUGUAGUUCCACCUUUUCACUAUGUGAUCUGUGUAGAAGUUGGCAGAAAGCAGUUAGUGUGUGUGUGUUAGAUACUUGUCCCAACCACUUGCGACUCCAGGGAAAGGUGGGGUGGCUGUUUUUUAGGAGGUCUAUAUGUUAAAAGGGGGGAAAAAGGAAAAUUGGAGUACUAUUCAGUGAUUUGGUGUGUUUGCCUCUUAGGGGGUCUCCAUGGCAAUUGAGAGAUUUCUAACUUAAACUGCUCAAGAUUGCUGAGCCAGUAUACGUCAACUUUUAAUUUUGUUUUCAGACCUUAACAUUUAUGGACAGAGCAGUUGUAAAUCUGAUCUUUUCAGAGGCCUUCUCCCCCAGAUCCUUACAGCUGUACCGUGAGAUAAGGUUUACUCUUGACAGUGUUAAGGUGUAAUAGGAGCUAAAAUCCCAUCACGUUUACUUUCACCAGGAUAACUUUUUCCUGCUGAUGACUUGGGCUGGGGUGGAGGCUGAUGGAGAUAGGGGUAAUUCUGGGGUUAAAUGCAAGCAGUGCAGACUCUGCAGUCUAUUUGGCUGCCGGCCCGGAGGCAGGAGAUGGGGGUGGGUGGGGGUAGUUAAACCUGGUAGUUAAACCCUUUCUCGCGGGCGCAGAGUGGGCCUCCCACGCUUCUCUCCCGUGGCCAGUAUGCGUGAGAGUGUGAGUUGAGCCCCUGCCUCCGAGGAAGAAUUCUAAAAACCGGGCUAAGGGUCGAGCGAGGGAGGCUGACCUUUUCUUGUUAUCAAAUUACUGCGUUUCCCUGAAUUACGGGCACUCAGGAAUGGUGAAAUCUACAUAUUAACCGAGAAACACGACCCUCAAAGGAAGGUAGAAGAAGGCUAACGCUCUUGCUAGUUUACUGUGCUUGCUAGUUUACCGUUUGCAGGGCUAUUUAGAGCACAAUAAGAAGCUUCAAAUCUCUUCUCCAACCAGCCAGAGGAACACUUGAUUCGCCCAAGACUCUUAUUGCUUGCUUUUGAAAUAUUACCCUGGCUCUGAGCUACAAAGCCACAGAUCCAGCCCCAUUUGUCUAGUGAGGGCUCUGCCCCAGACCCGGCUCUCCAUGCUCACUGCUCCGCCUGAGAGGAACCCUGGGGUUUAACGCUGAAGUGCGUUUCUCAGAGGGCAGAGCUGGAGCAUCUCGCAGCCCUACAACUUCUUUGCGGCGCUUGGUCUGUCUUUGCGUUGCGAGAUCAGGAUCGGUGUGUUGCUCAGACACCGGCCGAAGGCCACCGGCACGUCUAGGAGUCUCCUGUGCCUGGAAGAGGCUGGUUUCAUUCGAUUCUAAAAGAAACGGAUGUUGAAACAUUUGUAGCAGAUAUACUGAAAGGAGAAAAUUUAUCCAAGAAAGCAAAGGAAAAGAGAGAAUCCCUUAUUAAGAAGAUAAAAGAUGUAAAGUCUAUCUAUCUUCAGGAAUUUCAAGACAAAGGUGAUGCAGAAGAUGGGGAAGAAUAUGAUGACCCUUUUGCUGGGCCUCCAGACACUAUUUCAUUAGCCUCAGAACGAUAUGAUAAAGAUGAUGAAGCCCCCUCUGAUGGAGCCCAGUUUCCUCCAAUUGCAGCACAAGACCUUCCUUUUGUUCUAAAGGCUGGCUACCUUGAAAAACGCAGAAAAGAUCACAGCUUUCUGGGAUUUGAAUGGCAGAAACGGUGGUGUGCUCUCAGUAAAACAGUAUUCUAUUAUUAUGGAAGUGAUAAAGACAAACAACAGAAAGGUGAAUUUGCAAUAGAUGGCUACAGUGUCAGAAUGAAUAACACUCUAAGAAAAGAUGGAAAGAAAGAUUGCUGUUUUGAAAUCUCUGCUCCUGAUAAACGUAUAUAUCAGUUUACAGCAGCUUCUCCCAAAGAUGCCGAAGAAUGGGUACAGCAGCUGAAAUUUGUAUUGCAAGAUAUGGAAUCUGAUAUUAUUCCUGAGGAUUAUGAUGAGAGAGGAGAAUUAUAUGAUGAUGUUGAUCAUCCUCUACCAAUAAGCAAUCCACCAACAAGCAGUCAACCAAUAGAUGAUGAAAUUUAUGAAGAACUUCCAGAAGAAGAAGAGGACAGUGCUCCAGUGAAAGUGGAAGAACAAAGGAAGAUGAGUCAGGAUAGUGUCCAUCACACCUCAGGGGAUAAGAGCACUGAUUAUGCUAAUUUUUACCAGGGAUUGUGGGAUUGUACUGGAGCUUUUUCUGAUGAGUUGUCAUUUAAGCGUGGUGAUGUGAUUUACAUUCUUAGCAAGGAAUACAAUAGAUAUGGCUGGUGGGUAGGAGAAAUGAAGGGAGCCAUUGGCUUGGUGCCUAAAGCCUACAUAAUGGAGAUGUAUGAUAUUUGAGAGUCCUGGAAAAGGAAAAUUCUUCUGCUUGUCUGCAAAUGCUUUGGAUUUAGAAGCGUCAUGAAAGCACGAGUGACAGCUCCUAACCUCUCCUUGUUUUAUUAAACAUUGCUUAUCUUUGACUGUUAUUUUAUGCAGUCGCUCAUUAAAAUAUUCCUCUGAUGUGAAAUUAAAUGAAGGAUAUUAAUGUAAAUUAGAUGCAACCAGUAAAGUUAUACCUGUUGCUGUUUUGCAAAGAAAUAAUUAUAGUUUUUAUUUACCCAUUUGAUUUGUGUGAAGAAUUCAUCACUAUUUUAUACGUAACAUAUAGUCUACUAUAGCAUAGUAGGCUACUCUUGCUUCUUCUGGUGUGAUUUGUAAUGUUUCUUAAUCAUUGGACAUCAAUUAUUUUUAGAGAGUAAUGUAUAAUUUCAUAGCAUUUUAAAUUUAGUGUAUCAUGCAGUUUUUUUGGUAGAUGCUGAAGAAUGUGGUUGCUAACCAAAGAAUGCUAAAGAAUGUUCAAACUUUAUAGAUAACUUUAUUGUUAUUAUUUAUUUUCACACAUUUAAUUCCUAUUAAGUACAACCGCAAGAAAGAAAAAAUGAUGAAGUUGCAAAUGGCAGUGUGCUGUCACCUGCAACAGAAGUGCGUACCAGAAGUAUGACUCAUGCAAAGCAUUUUACCGUACAAAUAUCCUGGUGCGAUCAUGGGCCUGGCAACAUUUUCUACUGUACUUUUGUUUAAAUUUAAUGAAACAAAAAAUUCCUAAGAAAUACCAUCCUACCACUAACAAAAUGGUAUAAAGAAUCUCCCAGCCAGGCCAACAUGGUGAAACCCCGUCUCUACUAAAAAUUAGCCAAGUGUGGUAAUGUUCACCUGCAGUCCCAGCUACUUGGGAGGCCAAGGCACGAGAAUUGCUUGAACAAGGUAGGCAGAGGUUGCAGUGAGCCAAGAUCGCGCCACUGCGCUCCAGCCUGGGCGACAGAGUGAGACUCCAUCUCAGAAAAAAAAAAAAAAACAAAAAAACAGAAUCUCAGUGUAUUCUCAAAGUAAAAAGGCAUAACCAAGCACUCUCUUAUCUUGCCUUAUUGCUAUGCUAUUUACAUCCCACUGCAGAACAGCAGAUUUGAGGCUUUUCUAUAUACUUCUCAGAGCACUGAAAAGAAAAGAAGGGUUUGCAGAGGAGAGUGUAGAAAUCCCGGUGGUAGCAUGUACCAACAGGUGAGUAGAAAGGUAGUGUUAGCCUGACAUUUGAGUUAUACUCUGUGCUGCCUGAGCAAGAUUUGUAGAAUCAUAUAAUUACCUUUUCAUGUAUAUUUGAAAUCAGAGGUGUUUAAAAUACCUAUGAGAUACCAAUGUAGCCUUAACAUAUGUCAAAACGCAUUGCUGGUUAGAUAAUUAUUUGGACUACACAUAAACUCCUAAUAUUGAAUCAUUACUUAUCAGGUAUUAUCUUUAUGGAACUUUUCAAUAUCUUUGCUUUAUAAAGAUUCUAAACAUGUAUCUGAGCUGGUAAUAUUUUAAAAUCUCCAUUAUUUGUGUAAAACUGUUUAUAAGCAGUGUUUGAGAGGGUCUGUUUUACCAUUACCCCCUCAAUAUCAUGAUCAUCCAAUCUCAAAUGUGAAAAAAAAAAGAAAUUUGAUUUUAGGGAUUGUGAGUAAACAAGUUUAUAUAGAGAGACAUUGUGAAGUUAAAGUUUUCAGAAGUUACAUUUGUGCAGUUGUUACCUUUUCCUCAUAUAGUGUCAUUGAAAUAGACUGAAAUUAUCUUGGCAAAAGUUAGACAACCAAAGACGACUUUGGUUUUCAAAACUUGAGCAGCUGAAAAGCAAAAGCCGUUGUUUCCAAUGACAAUGUAGCCUUUGUGGAUUUGGGUUUGUGCUUUGGGUUGAAAAGAAGUUUUUAGUCCUAGGCCAGUAGAUGGCAGCAGCUUUUCAUUGCAGACAAAACCUCUUGAAACCCCUCCCCCAUGGCACAAACUCGCCCAUGAUGGAAAGCAUUUAGAUUUCUGCCUCCUUUUACAGUUAAUCCAGGAGAGGGAGUCCUUUGCCAACUGAUGACCAACAGUUCCAAGCCAGAUAGUCUCGUGAACAGUGACAAUACAGAAAUAAGGUGUUAUUUCUGUUCAGAUCUCCACCGGCCUUUGUUCUUUUAAAACUUGAAUAUAGGUGGGAGACAUAAGAAAGGAAAGAAAAGACUUAAAACUGGAGUGACAGGACAAAUAAUCAUUACUUUCAAUUCAUGACUGCUUUAUAUUCAUUUGAUGAAAUCAUUUGUAUACAAACCAGGGAGAGUUUUCUUUACACCCUUGACAAUAUAUCACAUACUCUUCAAGAUCAUAAUAAUAUCAUUAAUAUAAAUUUAAACAACAUGGCUUGUUAGAAAAUAUGCUAAUUGCUAUGGUCUCAUUAUGUUUGCUUAGCUUUUAUUUGUUUUUCUGUGAACAGAGAGCUAAUUUUUUUCAAAGGUGAUUGUAAGUCAUAUUUUAUAUAGCAUUUUGCUUGAUUAUUUGCUCUGUACUGAAUUUGUACUCUAUUGCCAUUAGAUCUUACAAUAAUGUUCCACUCUGCAAAUUUUUAAGGUUCAAAUAAAGUUUAAUUGUUUGCAAA